AUGGUUGAACCUGUGGGCAACCAUUAUGUUGUAGCUAGACCUGUGUACUCGGAGAAUUUGUUCAGUGAAGACCAUAAGAAAUUGCACAGAUACCAUAAAACCUUUUUGGAUCACCUGAAAAUAUAUUUUCGUUGCUCCCCCCAAAGGGUCAAAAAAAUUGCCUUGGGUUUGUUUCCUGUCAUCUCAUGGCUGCCAGCGUAUCGCUUCAGGGAGUGGAUCCUGAGUGACAUUGUGUCCGGCAUCAACACGGGGCUCGUGGCUGUCCUGCAAGGUCUCGCCUUUGCUUUGCUGGUGAAUGUCCCCCCUGGUUAUGGACUCUAUGCAGCAUUUUUCCCUGUUCUGGUCUAUUUUAUCUUUGGCACAUCUAGACAUAUCUCAGUGGGUCCCUUCCCUGUCCUGAGCCUGAUGGUGGGAGGAGCUGUUGCCAGGCUGGGCCCGGAUGAAAUGGCUGAAAAUGGCCCUCCCAUUAAUAGCUCAGCAAUAGAGGAAGAGAGGGUGAUGGUGGCUGCUUCUGUAACCUUCUUUUCUGGGGUUUUUCAGUUGCUUCUGGGAAUUUUCCAGUUCGGAUUCAUCGUUAUUUAUCUAUCACAAUCAUUAAUCAGCGGUUUCACGACUGCAGCAGCUGUCCAUGUUGUGGUAUCUCAGCUGAAAUUCAUGCUUCAGCUUCCUGUCCCCGGAUUUAAUAAACCAUUUGGCAUCAUCUAUACUCUGGAGAGCGUUUUCAGUCAGAUCACAAAAACAAACAUCGCUGACCUUGUCACGUCCCUUAUUGUCUUGCUUAUUGUGUUCGUGGUGAAAGAAAUGAACGAUCGAUACAAAGCAAAGCUGCCAACUCCCAUCCCGAUCGAACUCCUUGUGACAGUGUUAGCAGCACUGAUUUCCUAUUUCGUAAACUUUGAAGAAAAAUUUAAUGUAGCUGUCGUUGGAGAACUAGAGAAAGGAUUUCAAGCACCUGUUGCACCUGAUGUAGGUCUCCUCCAAAAGUGUAUUGGUGACAGCAUUUCCAUCGCAAUAGUUGGGUUUGCAGUAGCCUUCUCUGUGGCUAAAGUGUAUUCCAUCAAGCAUGACUACCCAAUAGAUGGCAACCAGGAGCUGAUUGCCUUUGGGCUGGGUAAUAUAGUUGGUGGAUCAUUCAAAGGAUUUGCUUCCAGCACUGCUCUGUCAAGAUCAGGUGUGCAGGAGAGCACAGGAGGCAAAACACAGAUCGCUGGUAUAAUCUCAGCUGUCAUUGUCUUGGUUGUGAUCUUGGCCAUUGGGUUUCUCCUGGCACCAUUACAGAAGUCAGUCCUUGCAUCUUUGGCUCUUGGCAACCUGAAAGGAAUGCUCAUGCAGUUCAAGGAAAUAGGUAUCCUAUGGGGAAAGGACAAGUAUGACUGUGUAA